UCGUCCCGCUUCCCGGCGAGGAUGCCUCGUGGGUGGACAGGGCCAGGUCACGUGGUCACUUUUCCUUUUUUUUCCUCCCCGCCCCCCCACUCCUCCAACUCCUCCCACUCCUCUUUCCUACAGAAACACACCCACGUCCUCCCGGCAGCUUCUCUCCUCUGCACUCGCCUCCUUCUGGAUGCCGUUGUCCGCAGAAUGUUUCCACAACACGGAUAAUAAUCUACCAUGCUUUGUCUUUAAAACACCUUCCUUCCCCCGGAUCGUGUUUGCGGGAGCGGCGGGAAAGAUUUCCACCGCCGCGUCGUCCAGGCAACUCUUGAGAUUCAAGGAGAAGCGUGGGAGGCGGUGAAUAGACGGGGAAAAAAAAAACCUGCAGUAAGAUGAGCCUGGUGGAGGUGAGGCAAUUGGCGGGAUCGUUGACCCUGUCCCUAUCCAGCGACAACUCCAAGGAGCGCUGCUAUGAGAGCGAUCCGGAUAGCCUCCGGAGCCGGGCCAUGUCUCCGGACCUGAGGCAGGACUUUAACAUGAUGGAGCAGAAGAAGAGGGUCACCCACAUCCUGCAGAGUCCGGUGUUUAAAGACGAGCUGGAAGGCCUGAUUCAGGACCAGCUGACAAAGGGCAACAACCCCACGGGUCUCCUGGCCCUGAGACAGAUCGCCGACCUGGUCAUGGCCAGCGCCGUGGGAGGGGCCGGGCCCUUGACGUCGCCCAUCAGCUUGGGAAUGGUCCCGCCAAUUAACGACUUGUACGCCGCGGAGUCGCCAUCCUUCGCCAAAGGAGAGAAGCCGAGCCGCUGUAGGCUGGCCAGCCUCUACAGGCUUGUUGACCUUUUCAGCUGGGCUCGCUUCACAAGCUCCUACAUCACCGUGCGUGUCAACAAAGAGCAGGACCAUGUUCUUAUCAGCCCGAGGGGUCUUUCUUUUGCCGAGGUGACCGGAGCAGCUUUGGUUAAAGUGAACAUGAUUGGCGAUGUUGUGGACCAGGGCUCUACCGAUCUGGGUAUCGAUCACUUCGGAUUCGCGCCCCACGCCGCCAUCUACGCCAUGCGGCCCGACUUGAGAUGUAUCGUCCACGUCCACACCCCCGCCACAGCUGCCGUGUCUUCAAUGAAGUGUGGAAUACUGCCCAUUUCCCAGGAGGCCUUGCUUCUUGGAGACGUGAGCUGCUUCGGUUACCACGGCAGCCUGGAUAAUAGAGAGGAGAAGGUGGAGUUUCAGAAAGCCCUGGGCCCGACUGCCAAGGUCAUGAUCUUGAGAAAUCACGGGCUGCUGGCCCUAGGAGAAACCGUGGAGGAAGCCUUCCACUACAUGUACCACUCCCAGCAAGCGUGUGAAAUCCAGGUGCGGGCUUUGGCGUGCUCCGGCGGCGCGGACAACCUGGUGCUCCUGGACAGAGAGAGGUUCAAACCGCUGACACAGGGAGUGGCUGCUGCCGGAGUGCUCAUGAGCAACGACUUCAAGUGGAAAGUGGGGGAGGCUGAGUUUGAGUCCCUGAUGAGGAUGCUGGACAACCUGGGCUACAGAACAGGCCACUCUUACAGGAACCCCAUUGUCCGUGAAAAGCCCAGGUCGAAGAACGACGUGGAGAUCCCCGCCACCGUGUCUGCGGUGACAGCGGAGGACGAGGACUCGGGCCUGCGCAGCCCCUUCAAGUUCAUGGUGCAGAAGAAGCAGCGCGAGCGCACCAGGUGGCUCACCUCGCCCAACAGCUACUUGAGGGUGAACAUGCCGGAGCAGUCUCCCAGCGGGGACGUCAGCCCCAGAACCAAAACAAUGUGGAUGAGGUCUUCAGAACCAGGCAAGAGCGUGGGCACGCCGAUAAAGAUUGAAGACCUGAACCAAUUCGUCCCACUCAACACUGACCCCACAGAGGUUUUACACAAGAGGAACCGAAUAAAAGAGCAGCACAGAGGAGACCAGAUGACCGCAGGUCCCAAGUCCCAGUUACUGGCAGGCAUUGUUGUGGACACCGUACCAGGACCCGCUUUCAUCAUUGAGGAUGAGGAGCAUACUCGCUCCCUGCCCCCGAACCCUUUCAACCAUCUGACAGAGGAGGUGCUGAAGGAGUACAAGAACAUGGUGGAACGCAAGCAGCAAGGCCAAGACGACGACGAAGACGCCACCGAUGCAGAAGAGAUGACCACCUUUGACGGCUCGACAAUUUCCCUUUCACUCUCUCCCAUGAUGACGCCAACCAAGCAAGACUCCAUAACCAACGGGAAAGACCAGGCGUCAGACCUGGAGGAGGACCUGAGCACGGAGGUUUCCAAGCUGAGCCUGAGCACUUCCGAGUCGCUGGAAACCUCCACCGCCACCAAGGGGGAGGUGCAGACUCCGGAGAGCCAAGCCAAGAAGAAGAAGAAGACGAAGUUCCGCACGCCGUCCUUCUUGAAGAAGAGCAAGAAGAAAAGCGAAGCGUGCGUGCAUUAACGCCGGGGUAAAAAACGCCUUCUCAGACGUCCCAGAACAAGUGAAAGAUAGCCGUGGUUCUCUGACGCUCUCUUUUUUUUUGUAACGAUAUUCCCUUUUUUUGCACAAACUCCUCAUGAAUGUAUCCUAAACUAGCACGUGGCUACCAAGUGUAAAAGAAACAUUCCAGACGGUCGACUAUUAGACGAGUGUGUGCGCUCUGGUUACCCGUGAAAUACUAAAACUCUUGUACUAAACGCGCUGUGACUACAGUCGUGCUCAUAAGUUGACAUAGCCUGGGAGGAUUGAUCAUUUCUUUGCCAUUCUUCAGAGAAUAGGAAUGAUAACAAAGAAAACCUUUCUUCCACUCAUGCUUAAUGGUUGUGUGAAGCUCUUAUAAUCGGCAAACAACUGUGUUUACUCUUUUUAAAUCAAAAUGACAAAAGAAAGUACCCAAAUGACCCCGAUUAAAAGUUUACAUACCCCAGUGACAUGCACAAAAGUUGACACAAACAGGUUUAAAUGGCUAAUCAAGGUUCCAAUCCUCACCUGUGACCUGUUUGUUUGUAAUUAAUGUGUGUGUAAAAGGUCGGUGAGUUUCUGGGCUUCUGACAGACCAUUGCAUCUUUCAUCCAGUGCCGCACAGAUCUUUCCGGAUUCCGAGUCAUGGGGAAGGCAAAAGAAUUGUCACAGGAUCUGCGAGGAAAGGUAAUUGAACUGCAUAAAACAGGAAAGGGGGUAUAAAAAAGACAUCCAAGGAAUUGAUAAUGCCAAUCAGCAGUGAUCAAACGCUGAUUAAGAAGUGGAAAAUGAGGGAUUCAGGUAGACCGGUAAAGUUUUCGGCCACAACUGCCAGGAAAAUUGUUGGAGAUGCAAAUAAAAAUCCACAAAUAACUUCAGCUGAAAUACAGAACUCUCUGGAAAAACUGUGGUGUGGCUGUUUCAAGAUGCACAAUAAGGAGGCAAUUGAAGAAAAAUGGGCUGCAUGGUCGAGUCGCCGGAAGAAAGCCAUUUCUGCGCAAAUGUCACAAAGUAUCCCGCUUGAAGGCAACACAUGAUGUAAGAGUCUAUAUUAGCUGGGAUGAGAAUCAGCACCUCCAAGUCAGAGUCCAUGGUUCUCGCCCGGAAAAGGGUGGAGUGCCAUCUACGGGUUGGGGAGGAGAUCAAGUACCUCAGAGUCUUGUUCACGAGUGAGGGAAGAGUGGAUCGAGAGGUCGACAGACGGAUCGGUGCGGCGUCUUCAGUAAGGCAGACGCUGUAUCGAUCCGUUGUGGUGAAGAAGGAGCUGAGCCGGAAGGCAAAGCUCUCAAUUUACCGGGGGAUCUACGUUCCCAUCCUCUCCUAUGGUAAUGAUCUUUGGGUUAUGACCGAAAGGACAAGAUCACGGGUACGAGCGGGCAUGGGGAAGACCCAGGACACGUUGGGAAGACUAUGUCUCCCGGCUGGCCUGGGAACGCCUCAGGAUCCCCCGGGAGGAGCUCGUUUUUGAUUGAUUGAAACUUUUAUUAGUAGAUUGUACAGUUCAGUACAUAUUCCGUACAAUUGACCAUUAAAUAGUAACACCCGAAUAAGUUUUUCAACUUGUUUAAGUCGGGGUCCACGUUAAUCAAUUCAUGGACCAAGUGGCUGAGGAAAGGGAAGUCCGGGCUUCCCUGUUCAGGCUGCAGAUGAGGUUGUUCGGGCAUCUGGUCAGGAUGCCACCUGAACGCCUCCCUAAGGAGGUGUUCAGGGCACAUCCAACCGGUAGGAGACCACGGGGAAGACCCAGGACACGUUGGGAAGACUAUGUCUCCCGGCUGGCCUGGGAACGCCUUGGGAUCCCCCGGGAAGAGCUGGACGAAGUGGCUGGGGAGAGGGAAGUCUGGGCUUCCCUGCUUAGGCUGCUGCCCCCGCGGAAAAAGAUGGAUGGAUGUUUAUUGGGAUAAGGUAAACAUCCAUCCAUCCAUUUCUACCACUUGUCCCUUUUGCGGUCGCAUCUGUUCAGUAUUUUAACAUAAAAGUGUUUGACUGUGAGGCUUCAAAAGCCACAGAAUGCAACGGCUCCAUCAGACACCCAAACACUGGCUUAGUAACCACAAUACCUGUAUAUUGAUUGAUUGAUUGAAACUUUUAUUAGUAGAUUGUACAGUUCAGUACAUAUUCCCUACAAUUGACCACUAAAUGGUAACACCCCAAUACGUUUUUCAACUUGUUUAAGUCGGGGUCCACGUUAAUCAAUUCAUGGACCAAGUGGCUGAGGAAAGGGAAGUCCGGGCUUCCCUGUUUAGGCUGCUGCCCCCGUGACCCGACCUAGGAUAAGCGUAAGAAGAUGGAUGGUUGGAUAUCCCGCUUACAUUACGCCAAACAGCACAGAGACAAGCCUCAAAACUUCUGGAACAAAGUCAUUUGGAGUGAUGAGAUCAAAAUUGUAUUUUCUGGCCACGCGACCAUGCAGCCCAUUUUUCUUCAAGGGCCUCCCUUAAAUCCUCCCAGGGUAUGUCAACUUACGAGCACAGCUGUUUGACGUAAUAAUAGGCUGCUUGCAACGUUCGCCAUCCAUCAUGUGACCUACAAUGUGAAGCUGUGUAAAUAGUUUUGCUAUAACGUGACCGCACAAUCGUAACACUUUGUUUUAACACCACCAUGUUUUUUUUAUAUGUCUUCGGCCGGGUUAUUACCUUUUAUGACGACGUGGUUGAUGUUUAAAGACGGCAGGGCGUCCGCUAUGAAAUAAAAGCCUGGUCCCAACUA